GGAGGAGGAGGAGGAGCGGAGGGUGGUGGAGGAGAGCAGAGGAGGCGGGAGCAGCAGCAGCAGGCGGUUGUUGUUGCGACGGGGCCUCCCAUGGCGUCCAUCGUGGAGGAGUCCGAGCGCCUGCUGGCCUGCUGCGACAGCUGGCACUUCGACAUGUGGGCGCUGCAGGAGGCCACCCGCGGGCACGCGCUGUCGGUGCUGGGCUUCCACCUGAUCAGCAGGCAGGGGCUGGCGGCGGCGGCGCGAGUCAAGCCGGUCACACUGGCCAGGCUGCUCCGCCACCUGGAGUCCGGCUACCAGUCCAACCCCUACCACAACGCCACGCACGCAGCGGACGUGCUGCAGCUGCUGCACGUGCUGCUGCAUGCCGCGCAGCUGACCACCCACUACCUGGACCCGCUGGGACUGCUGGCGGCGUACUUUGCAGCGAUCAUCCACGACCUGGGUCACCCCGGUCUCACCGGCGACUUCCUGGCUGCCUCCAGCCACCCGCUGGCGCUGCGCUACAACGACCGCUCCCCCCUGGAGCAACACCACUGUGCAGCCGCAUUCACCCUGCUGCGGAGGGCGCCGGAGCUGGACAUGCUGGCGGGGCUGGGGGGCGGGGAGCGAGCGGCGUUCAGGAAGCUGGUGAUCGACCUGGUGCUCGCCACCGACAUGAAGCAGCACUUCUCGCUGCUCAGCCACUUCAACACCGUGCACCGCCUGGCAGCAUACCAGCAGCAGCAACAGCAACAGCAGCAGCAACAGCAGCAGCAACAGGAAAAGCAGCACCCGCCUCCUCACCCGCACCCGCACCCGCACCAACGCCAACACUCCACACAUGCAAACCCAGCCACGACGGCUGCUGCAGCAGCGGCAGUAGCAACAGCAGCAGCCACAGCAGCCACGGCAGCGGCAGCAACAGCAGCAGCCACAGGCGGCGCGACAGGCGAUGUGGGAGGAGGCGGAGUCGGAGGCGGAGGGCACGAGUUGAGGGAGGUUAUGGUGGAUGUGCUGGCCUCGGGGGCCGCUGCUGCAACCACCACCACAACAGCAGCAACCGCAACCACACCAACCCCAACCCCAACAGCUGCUACAGCUGCUGCUGCUGCUGCAGUAGCAUCACCCGCGGGUGGCGGUGUGGCCGCCGCUCCGAAGCCCCUCGACGAGACGGAGCGGCUGCUGACACUGCAGCUGGCGCUGAAGUGUGCGGAUAUCGGCAAUCUGGGUCGGGAGAGGGAGUGCUACAAGAGGUGGGUCGCGGGCCUGGAGGAGGAGUUCUUCCGGCAGGGCGACCGGGAACGGCAGCUGGGUCUGCCCAUCAGCCCGCUCUCCGACCGCACCAAGCAGGGCGUCAGCAGCAGCCAGCUGGGCUUCUUCGACGUGGUGGCGCUGCCGCUGGUGCAUGCCAUGGCGGCGGCGUUCCCGGGCGCGGCGCCGCUGCAGGCGGGCUUCAGGGACAACUACGAGUACUGGAAGCGGCCGGAGGCGCAGCA